CUUAUCAAACUAGAAAGGGUCAUGAAAUCUUCCAUAACUUGUUUCCUAUACUUAUUGUUCAUUCUAGUUUACUGUGUUUCUAAAUGUUAUUCCAUAGUCCCUAAAGUUUACAAACACCAUAAGACAGGAAUUUAUUAUAAUCUUGUUGAAGCGUUGACGUACAAUCAUUCAUACAAAAACUGUUAUAUUUUAACGGAAGCAAUAAAACGUUUUGAAGAACGUCUCACAUUAAUAAAACAGUAUCCUAAAGUUCCUACUUGUUUGCCAAAUACUACAAUCGAUACCAUUAAAAUAUCAAUAACUAGUGGAUGUAACGAGUCAAGUGGUGAGUUAUGGCCUUCUGAAUCAAUGAAUGAGACAUAUUCACUUCUUAUUUUCAGUCAGAGAAUAAUCUUAAAAUCAGAAGAAAUCUGGGGAACGUUACAUGGAUUGGAAACAAUACUUCAGUUAAUUUACAGAAGUCCACUAGAGAGAAACAUGAUUGAAGGUGGUAUAGUUUUGGAUGAACCAUCAUUUCCCCACAGAGGAUUUUUAAUUGAUACGUCUAGACAUUACUUAUCAUUAAAGGAGAUCGAAAAAUUCCUUGAUUCAAUGUCAAUGGUGAAAAUGAAUGUACUUCACUGGCAUAUUGUGGACGAUCAGUCUUUUCCUUAUGUGUCUGAAACGUUUCCGAAACUUUCUUCAAAGGGAGCAUUUCACCCGUAUCUUUUAAUCUAUACACCAAACGAUGUGAAAUAUUUACUAAAUUAUGCUCGUUUACGAGGAAUAAGAAUAAUGCCGGAAUUCGAUACACCAGGUCAUGCUAAUUCUUGGGGGAAAGGUUAUCCAGAGGUUUUAACCAAAUGUUACAUUAAGGGUGAACCGGAUGGCACUCUGGGUCCAAUCAAUCCAAUCAACAAUUUUUCCUAUAAUUUUGUGUCAGAAUUAUACAAAGAGUUGUUCAGUGUAUUCCCUGAUAACUGGUUUCAUUUGGGUGGUGAUGAAGUUGAAUAUAAUUGCUGGCGUUCUAAUCCUUCGAUUAUUAACUUCAUGAAACAAAUGAAGUUCGGUGAUGAUUAUCACCGUCUGGAGGGCUACUACAUAAAUAAUUUAAUUCAAAUUAUCAGUAAUGUCAAACCACCUGGACGAAAUAUUACUCCAGUUGUGUGGCAAGAAAUAUUUGAAAAUGGGUUUAGAGGUGAUAAAUCAACAGUAAUUCAUGUGUGGAAAGACUCAUUUUGGGAAUCUGUGGUGAAAAAUGUUACUAAAACAGGCUAUAGAGUACUAUUCUCAGCUGCUUGGUACCUGAAUUACAUUUCUUAUGGUGAUGACUGGCGAAACUACUAUCACGUUGAUCCAAGAGAUUUUGGAGGUAGCAAGGAAGAUGCGAAAUUGGUUAUUGGAGGUGAAGCAGCUAUGUGGGGUGAAUAUGUGGAUGACACGAAUUUGUUUAGUCGAUCAUGGCCUCGAGGUUCAGCUGUAGCUGAAAGACUAUGGACUCAAGGUUCACCGAACACAACAGAUUUUAUUCCAAGAGUGGAAGAACUUCGCUGUCGAAUGCUGAGUCGCGGUUGGAACGCUGAACCAAUAAAUGGACCAGGAUUUUGUCCGCUUUAAUUAAAACUAAAAUUAUUAUACUCCAUCUUGUGAAUACAAGUCGGUUUCAAAAUAAAAAUUAGUUUUCAUCCUUCA